UGUGGACCAAAGAGAAAGAAAGAGGUGACAACAGCUUGUCCAAGUUAACAACAUCAUCAUCUUCACCAUUAGAUUUCUUAAUGCAAGGAUCACGUCGAGGCAAAGUCGAACGGUUUAGAUCAAGGACCAUAUGGGACGAUGGAAAAAAGUUCAAAGAGCCUAUGCCUGAUGUGAUCGGGGAAGACGAAGACCUUCACAUCAUUAAGAAAAAUAUGACUUGUGCUUUUUGUCCAUCAUCGGUCAUUUAUAACUUUUCUAUGACAUAUCAAUUCGUCGUUUUUUAGCGUUUUUCUCUGGGAAGACGACCAAAGCGUCAAGAACAAGCCCACGCGGCUUUGUUCAACUCCUCAUCCACACUGUCAAGAAGUUUUUCUCUCUCUCUCUCUCUCUCUCUCCCGAAACUUGAGUUCAACAGCAAUGGAGGACACCAUGCACACAGUCAAAUCGGCCGAGCCAGCCACGUCUUGUUCAGACUCUAGGGAUGCUGUUGAAUUGAAUCAUGACAGAGACGGUCAAUCGGUUCCCAACAGCGUAGACCGUGCUGAGAUCGUCGUCGUGCGACACGGACAAACAGAGUGCAAUGUGGAGAAAAUCAUUCGGGGCCAUCUGGAUGUGGAAUUAAAUGAGGUGGGGAGGUUGCAAGCACAUGCAGUAGCCGAUAGACUGUCCAAAGAAGGUGAAAUCUCUGCAAUUUACUCGUCUGACCUAAAACGAGCUACCGAGACAGCAGAACUCAUUGCAAUUGCUUGUGGUGGGGUGGAGGUAACCAAAGAUCCAGCUCUACGGGAUCGAAAUGCAGGAAUUCUUCAAUGCCUUAAGAGAAGUGACGCAGCUAACGUCUAUCCCCAGGCUUACGAGGCCUAUCGAUCCCACAGGAGGGAUCAAGAAAUCCCGGGUGGUGGUGAAAACAAGUAUCAGCUUUACCAGCGGUGCACGACUUGCUUGCGGAACAUUGGCUUGAAGCACAAAGGGGAGCGAGUAGUAGUGGUCACUCAUGGUAGCUUUCUCGCAUGUCUCUACCGACAGGCUCACCCUAAUGAAGGUCGUCCAGGAGCGAAGAUCCAAAAUGCUUCCGUCAGCGUUUUUCACUUGUUUGGUGAGGACGACUGGGUCAUAAAGUCCUGGGUCGAUAUUAGCCAUCUCAACCAUACAGAAGAGAAGCUCUACUAGCAUUUGAGAUAUCUGGGGAGACCUACACCAGAAGGGUCAUAUCGUCACUCAGCCAAAUUGUGCAAGAGACCCACUCAUUAGACAUUGCUUGAUUAUUGACAUAAUCAAGCAUGUCCAGUUACUUGGGCAAAUAAACUUUUCAAUGUUCUUAUAAGAUUUGACACCAUAUGAUACGUUUGAAUGCUGAUAUUUACAUUAUAUUUGAUAAGUAUCUUCAGUAAUUUUCAAUGUACACUUUUGCGA